AGAUGAAAGUGUGCACAGUGUUGGCUCUUGUUUUCGUCGCACUCUCAGCAGGGUCUAUAGAAAAACCUGGAACCCGGAAAGGAGUACGUAGAAUCGUCGGAGGAACUAAUGCGAGCAUUGUUAACUACCCAUAUCAGCUAUCACUAAUACGGUAUGGAGGACACUAUUGCGGAUCGUCGAUCAUUGCCACACGAUGGGCACUUUCUGCUGCCCACUGCACCUGGCCGAUGCCAUCUCCAGGUACCGUGCGCCUGCUAGGAGGAACAUCAGACCACACGCAAGGUGGUGUGACGUUCGACGUAGAUCAGAUUGUAAACCAUCCGAAUUAUAAGGAACGAACAAUGCAGAAUGAUGUGUGUGUGCUGCACACCACUUCAGACAUGAUCGGACGUAACAUAGCUCCGAUUCCACUAGAUUCUACCGGUGCAUUCCAAAAACCAGGAACUAGGGCAAUUCUAAGUGGCUGGGGUUCCACGGAAAAUUGGGUUAUCCCAAAUAUUCUCCAAAGUGUCGAGAUUCCUAUCAUUUCUACAAUAGUUUGUAAACUUUCAUUGUGGAAGCAUAAUGCAAUGAUUUACCCAGAUAUGCUGUGCGCCGGUGAGUUAGGGCGUGCUCCAUGUAGCGCCGAUAGUGGCAGUCCUUUGGUAAUUGAUGGCAAGCAGGUUGGAAUAGUGUCGUGGGGAACCCUGCAGUGUUUAGGGGAGCUACCUGAUGUUUUCGCACGUAUUGGGUACCCGUCUAUCCGCAGUUUUAUUACAAACAUCACAGGAGUGUAAAAACCCAUUUCAAGGAAUGUCAGUAACGGAAUAAAUAUGCUGGUGAAGG